AUGUCUGGGAACGGCCUGGUGUCCAGUAUCCGCAGGUUGAUCGAGGAUGAAGAGCGGACGAGGAGCUCCGCGGAGAGUCCAUUUGAACACCUUCGUCAAGAGAUGGAUGACAUUUUAGGAGAUGGAGGAAUCAUGAAGCAGGUGGUCCAGCCUGGAGAUGGUCCACCAGUGCCCGAGAACGCUUCAGUCAUAGUGCACUACUCUGGCUUCCUGGAGUAUUCGGACCAGCCUUUUGAAACCACGCUUAAUGUAAAGUACCCUAGGAUCAUGAAGUUAGGGAGAGAUGUGACCCUGGGAGGGCUGGAGCUGGGCUUGUUGACGAUGAAGAAACAGGAGUUUUCCCGCCUCCUGCUGAAGCCACAGUAUGCUUACGGAGAGAUGGGCUGCCCGCCUCUGAUCCCGCCACAUGCUGUGGUUCUCUACGAGGUCCAUGUUUUGGACUACCUGGACUCCGGACAAGUGGAUGACUUUCUCACCCUGUGUCCAGAGGAGCAGAACGCGUCUUCUUUGUCUACAUUUUUAGACGUUGUUAGUACAUUACGUGGCUUUGGCAAUCGCUGCUUCAACCAAAGUCGUUUUCACAAUGCCAAAGAUCGUUACAAACAGGCACUGAAGCUGUUGGAGAGCAGGUUAUCUGAGCAUGUGUCAGAGGAGCAGGCUCUUCAGGCCGCUCUGCUCCCUGUGUAUCUGAACCUGACGCUCACGGAGCUGCGUCUGGAGAGUCCACAGAAGGCCCUGAAGUACGGGAACAAAGCUCUGGCGAUCGACAAAACCAACACCAAGGCCUUGUUCCGCUGUGGACAGGCUUAUCUGGAGCUGCAGGAGUUUGAACAGGCUCAGCAGUGCCUCCUGGUGGCUCAAGGAAGGAAGCCCUUUGACAGCGACAUCAACAACCUCCUGAGGAAAGUGGCCACGUCCUAUAAAGAGAGCCUUGAUAAGCAAAAAGACAUGUGUUCCAAGAUGUUCAAAGGUUUUAAUUCCACGAGGAACAAGUAA